AGAGUACAGGGUCCAGUUGAUGGGGUUUGGGGAGAUGGGGGUUCUGAGCUGACGGCCAAGAAAGAAUUCUUGAAGACAUCUUUGGUGCAAAAAAGGUGGCAGAAGAGGAGUCAGUCCCUGGGACUGUCCCUGCCAGCACCAAGGCCCAAGCACCUACAGACUGUCCUUUUUGCUUCAGAACUUCUUUCCCCAACUUGGCCAGCCUCACUGUCUCAAAACCUUACAAUGCUUGAGCAUAAUGAGUUUGUGGAUACCCCCUGGCUGGGCUUCAUGGAGAAUUCUUCACUGAUCACCAACCUGAAUCCCAGAACAGACCCCCUCUUGCCCUGGACAGAAUGAAAGGCCUUCCGUAGCCAGGCAUAGCUGGCCAUCAUGGGGAAAUUGAUCAGAAUGGGGGCACGGGAGAGGCGGUUACUCCGGCCAAAGCGGCUUCAUUGGAGUCGCCUCCUCUUCCUGUUGGGAAUGUUGGUCAUCGGUUCCACCUACCAGCACCUGAGGAGCCCCCGGGGCCUCCCCUCAUUGUGGGCAGCAGUCUCCUCCCAACAUUCUGUAAAACUGGCCAGCCGUGACCUCCCUGACAAUGAGAUGAUGAUGGUGAGCAGUGACCCUCCAAGAGCUAGCUCUGAAAUGGAGGUGCCCCAAGCCACGGUGCCCCAAGCCACGGUGGGCAGGGUUCGUGAAGCAACACCUGGGAUAACAAUCAAGAAUACACACAAUCCACCCAGAAGAACAGCCAACAUCACUCCAACAAUACCCAAGAUUAAGUACACAGCAGGAGACAUAGAAAGAGUGAAGGCAGACAGCACAACCAUACCCAGUGGAGUACUGAGUCACUACACCCCAACUUCAAACAGACCAACAGUGAAGAAUUACACCCCAACGCCACCACCCAGGGGAGAAAUGCAGAGCUACAAUCCAAUUCAAGCCAAGGGAAAGGUGAAGAAAUACACCCCAUCUCCACUUGGUAGACUAGUAGGCAAUUAUGCCCCAUCCACACUCAUGACAAUGACAAGGAGACAUGGGGUCACCCCCAGAACAACAGUGAAAGACAGUGAAACUAUGACAACCACCAAAAUAUUGGAGACUAACCCCUCUAAGAGAAUGGUGGAGGAAACCACCCCAGCUACUCUCAAGGGAAUAAUUAACACCCCAACUUUCCAGAUAAGUGGUAUAGAAACAAACAUCUUGACUUCUCCAAGGAGUAUAACGGAAAAGAACACUGUGACUACCCCCAGAACAGUGGACAGCAAGAGCCCGACCAAGCCGCGGGGGUUAGUGGGAAAGAACAGGCUGACAACUUCUCUGGGAACGGUCCUUGAGCGCACCACAGCCAUCUCUGAGGGGCAAGUGAUGAUAAGCACCAUGACAGGCAGUAGCCCAAAGGAAAUCAAAGCCUCUACUGCUACCUGGAGUGUUAGUGAUCCUUUGUCUAGGACCAGUGCAUUGACCAUGGGAAUAUCCUCAGCCACCUACAGGGGGCUGGCAAAGAAACCUUCCAUAGCACCCGGGACCUCAUCAACCUCCAAGGUCAGGGUGAAUCCAAAGAUCCAUGUGCAUCACUGUGUUUUUGUGGAGGCAGCCCCGGCUGUGCCCCCUGCUUCCUCCCCCAACCUGACAACAGCUGCGAUCCCAGAGGCACCCAGUUCCGGUCCCUCAGAGCUGCCCCCUGGCUGGCCAGACCUUCACUCCAAGGCAGAGUACCCCCCAGACUUGUUCAGCAUAGAGGAGCGGCGACAGGGCUGGGUGGUGCUGCACAUCUUUGGCAUGAUGUACGUGUUUGUGGCCUUGGCCAUCGUGUGUGAUGAGUACUUCGUCCCAGCCCUGGGUGUCAUCACAGAUAAGCUACAGAUCUCUGAUGAUGUGGCAGGUGCCACCUUCAUGGCUGCUGGAGGCUCUGCCCCCGAGCUCUUCACCUCCCUCAUUGGCGUCUUCAUCUCCCACAGCAAUGUGGGCAUUGGUACCAUCGUGGGCUCUGCUGUGUUCAACAUCCUCUUUGUCAUCGGCACCUGUGCCCUCUUCUCCCGGGAGAUCCUCAAUCUCACGUGGUGGCCCUUGUUCCGUGACGUCUCCUUUUACAUCCUUGACCUGAUGAUGCUCAUUCUCUUCUUCCUGGACAGCCUCAUUGCCUGGUGGGAAAGCCUGCUGCUGCUGCUGGCCUAUGCCUUCUAUGUGUUCACCAUGAAGUGGAAUAAACAACUAGAGAUAUGGGUGAAGGAGCAGCUCAGCAGGAGGCCAGUGGCCAAGGUCAUGGCCUUGGGGGACCUCAGCAAGCCAGGCAAUGGGGCAGUUGCGGUGGAUGAGCUGCAGGAAAACAAGAAGCUAAAGCUCCCAGCAAUGCUGGCCCGAGGGAGCAGCUCGACCUCUCUGCACAACAGCACCAUCCGCAGCACCAUCUACCGGCUCAUGCUUCACAGCCUGGACCCUCUGGGAGAAGCCCAUCCCUCCAAGGAUAAGGAGGAGGAGAGCUUGAAUCAGGAGACCAAAGCCAAGCCUCAUGCUAAUGCAGAGAACAAACCAGAGGAGGAGUCAGCCAAGCUUCCUGCGGUCACGGUCACACCAGCCCCUGCUCCAGAUGUUGAGGGAGAUCAGGAGGAAGAUCCUGGCAGUCAGGGAGGAGAUGUGGCUGGAGCUGAGAGCACAGGUGAAAUAGUAGCUGAAGAGGGUGAAGCUCCUGGUGAAGGCAAAAAUGGAGAGCAAGGUGGAGGUGAGACUCAACUGGAAGGUGAAGGUGAAAUUGAAGCAGAAGGAGAAGAAGGUGAACAUGGCAGUGAACUCCAAGCAGAAGAUGAGGACGUGAAAGCUGAUGAAGGUGGAGGUGAAGGUGAACUCCAAGCAGAAGAGGGUGAAAUGAAAGCUGAUGAGGGUGAAAAUGAAGAGCAGGAAUUCAAUGCUGAGAGUCAAGGUGAAGCCAAAAGUGACGAGAAAGGUACAGAUGGUGAAGGGGGAGGUGAUGGAGGGGACAGUAAAGAUGAAGAGGAGGAAGAAGAGGAGGAGGACGAAGAGGAAGAGGAGGAUGAUGAGGAAGAGGAGGACGAUGAGGAAGAAGAGGAGGCAAAUGAGGAGCCUUUGUCCCUGGAGUGGCCCGACACCAGGCAGAAGCAAGCCAUUUACCUCUUCCUCCUGCCCAUUGUGUUCCCACUGUGGUUGACGGUGCCUGAUGUCCGGAGGCUGGAGUCUAGGAAGUUUUUUGUUAUCACCUUCCUGGGAUCCAUCGUGUGGAUAGCCAUUUUCUCAUACCUCAUGGUCUGGUGGGCUCACCAGGUUGGUGAAACAAUAGGGAUUUCAGAAGAGAUCAUGGGUUUGACGAUCCUAGCAGCAGGCACGUCCAUUCCUGACCUCAUCACCAGUGUGAUUGUCGCUCGGAAAGGCCUGGGAGACAUGGCUGUGUCCAGCUCUGUGGGCAGUAACAUAUUUGAUAUCACCGUAGGCCUGCCUGUCCCUUGGUUGCUGUUCUCUCUUAUCAAUGGAUUACAGCCUGUUCCAGUCAGCAGCAACGGCUUGUUUUGUGCAAUUGUUUUGCUUUUUCUCAUGCUCCUGUUUGUGAUCUCUUCAAUUGCAUCAUGCAAAUGGAGAAUGAACAAGAUCCUGGGCUUCACAAUGUUCCUCCUUUACUUUGUAUUCCUGAUAAUCAGUGUGAUGUUAGAAGAUCGAAUCAUUUCCUGUCCUGUAUCUGUCUGAGGCAGAGUCGCUGUUGCUCACAAUGGACGUGAAUCAGAAAACCAUGCCAGAAGCUACCAUACUUCUUGUUACAUUAACAAAAGAAUGAACGUGGUCCAUGAGAGAGACCAGAGUGGCAAAGAGCCACUGAUGGGAAUGUGAUCGGGGACUGAAUGUUAGCCUUGGAAACACCCGCAGCUCGUUGUGGAUUGUCUCACCGCUGGAGGGAUGGAGUUUUUACCCCUGCCUGAUGUUGGCAGCUAUCACGUGGAGGCCAGUAGAAGGACCUCUGGAGCCAGAGGGUUUUCGGAAUGAGGGAUCAUUUGGGGGUGAGGGCUGGGACAGGCACAGUAGCAGGACAAGCCCCUAUACUCACAGUUCCCUGAUCAUCCCUGAAAGGCUGCUGAUCCAAAGACACAGAUGUGGUCUACACCCCACCCUUUGGCCCCUGUCCCAAGCACACACUGCAACUUGCCAUCCUCUCUUUUUCUGUUUAAAACAUGAGGUUCCACCAGGGUUGUAAACAUUACACGUCCAGUUAUUGGUGGGUUUAAGGAGCUAAGACUCGGGAAAAAAAAGUAUAACAGGAAUCAAUGAUCAUUACACACUAUAGCCCAGUAAAAUGUGUACUGAUAUUUGAUAGCUUAAAAAGACUCCCUUAGCUCUUCUUUUGCAUUUCUGAAACGUGAAAUUAAAAUAAGUAGCCCCCCAAAUGAAAAUGUAUAAUUCACCGUUGUACCAGAAGGGGGUGGGAUAUUAGGGAGGGCUAUUUAAAAAUAUGUACUUACUAGAAAAUCCAAAUUAGUGUUGUCUCCAUCAAGUGGUCACCUUGGGGGAUUAGACAGUCAUACAAAGCUGUCCUGACUUUGCUCCUCCAGCAUAUUCUCACCUAACAGUGACAAAUGCUACUAGUGAGUCAGAAGGGGAGUGAUAUUAUUAUUUUUUUAAAUGUUUUAUUUAUUUUUGAGACAGAGAGAGACAGAGCACGAGCAGGGGAGGGGCAGAGAGAGAGGGAGACACAGAAUCCGAAGCAGGGUCCAGGCUCCGAGCCAUCAGCACAGAGCCCGACGCGGGGCUCGAACCCACAAACUGUGAGAUCAUGACCUGAGCCGAAGUUGGACGCUCAACCAACUGAGCCACCCAGGCGCCCCAGGGGAGUGAUUUUAAAAAGAGUCCAAAAUCAGUAGGGCCAAGUCUGCUAUAUAAAGUAAGAGAUCUUGUGGGGUAAUGCUACUUCUGUAUGCCAACCUACAUUGGAUGAUAAAGCCAGACUGAUUUCCCGUGUGGCUUACAUGUGGCUCUUAAGGCAAUUACAAAGGAGAAAUUCCAAAAAUGCUUAACAUAACGACAACACAGUGAGAAAAAGAGUAUUACUACUUCUAAUAGCUAGUGUAAAGGACUUCUGUGUUUUUAAAAAUUGUGUGGUUAUUUAAGCAGUGCUUGUGCAAUUCGAAGUGCUUGUAUGUUAAAUACCACUGCUUGCUGCUUUUACUAGCACUCAGGGGACCGCUAGAAAUGAAGCAGUUCCGUGUUCCUGGUUUCAGAGCAAAAGGAGCUCAGGUGACUAUAGAUUAUGACGGCAAAUAUGGCUUUAAUUACAAACGUGAGAGGAUUCAGACUGGAAUAUAACAGGACAGAUGUGAUGUGGAAAAAAAAAAAUCAAACAUUUUGGUGUUGAAGGGCUGUACUGAAAAUAUUUUAGUCCAUAAUCCAUCUCUUAAGAUGGGCUGAUUAAUUAAUGGCCUCACUACCCCAGGAUUCACAUUCUUUGGAAAUGACUUUUAUUAAAUUUCAAUAAAUUGUGA